AUGACGAGUCUAGCCCACUGCUAUAUCUGGUGGCCUGGAUUAGACAAGGCAAUUGAAGAUCUAGUAAAGAAAUAUGCUCACUCUCGCUGGUUAGAAGUAUGCAUUGUACCCUCUACUUCCUCUGAAGCAACUAUCAAAGUCCUUCGUCGCAUAUUCUCUACUCAUGGUCUUCCUCAUCAGUUGGUCUCUCAUAAUGGACCUUCAUUUACUAGUCAAGAAAUUAAGAAAUUCAUGUCUCUCAAUGGUAUUCACUAUUCACUAACUGCUCCUUACUAUCUGAGGUCUAAUGGUCUAGCAGAAAGAGCAGUGCAGACAUUUAAGAAUGCUGUUAAGAAGAUGGAAGGACCACUACAUAAAAGAAUUGCUCGAUUCCUUUUUCUCUUACCGAAUCACUCAAUCUAUUACUGGGCAAUCGCCAGCUGA